AUGCAUAAAAAAAGAAAUGAUGAUAAGGAUGCGUUCAAUGCGAUCCUAAAGAUAUUCAACCCCAAGUUGCUCGCCGAUGGCACGAGGUGUGUAGAGGGUAAGGGAGAUGUAUUCGGGGAUGUUUUCUGGAAAGAAGUGACUCUCGCUCAGGCCUGUGCCAACGUCCGAGCUCUGACCUACUGCGACCUCCACGUUAUUAAACGCGACGCCCUGCAGAAGGUGCUGGAGUUUUACACCGCCUUUUCAAACCACUUCUCCAGAAACCUGCUGCUCACUUACAAUCUGCGAAAGAGGAUUGUCUUCCGAAAGAUCAGUGAUGUGAAACGUGAGGAGGAGGAGCGACAGAGACGUAAAAAUGAAGCCCCUCUGAACUUGCCACCAGAUCACCCGGUAAGGAAACUCUUCCAGCGCUUUCGGCAGCAGAAGGAGUCGCGGCAGGAACCUGAAAAACUGGCUGACCAUGACAUCGAGAAGGGCCCUGUGUACGUGGACAUCCCGAUCGCCAAAGCAGCCGUCACAACCACCAGCAUCGUCACGGUGACAGAGAGCCCAGCAACACCUUCAUCUUCUAUGCCUUCAUCUUCAACAGCACUCAACUGCGCUCCCUCAGACAAGGCGAAGCUGCAGGUGCCGGUCCCCGUCUCUCUUAUCGGGGGCCGGGUCUCAGAACCAGUCAAAGUCAAAGGCUGGGGUCGAUUCAAGGAGUCCAUGGCCAAACCUGACAAUUGGAACAAAGUGUCCAAAGCCGAAUCUAUGGAGACUUUACCCGAACGGACCAAGGUGCACGAGUCACAAACGUCUCUAAAGAAGACAGACUCUUGUGACAGCGGCAUCACAAAAAGUGAUCUGCGCCUGGACAAAGUGGGCGAGUUUCACAUCGCGCCCCAGGACCGGAGUCCCGUGCAGCCUCCGGAGACCAGGCACGCCUUCUACACCAUCCCGGAGCAGACGCUACAGGCCUCGCUCCUGGAGAUCAAACUGGAGCUGAAGGACGACCUCAAGAACCUGAACGUUCGAAUGUCCGGCCUGGAGGCGCAGCUCACAGAAGCACUUCAACUCCUCAAAUCGAGGAGAUCAAAUGCUGACUCUCCACAGCCGCUUUUUGACAUUUCUAGACCUGCUUCACCAGAACUGGACAAAGAAGACAUCUUCUCUUGAAGGAAGGUACGUUAACAAAUCAGGUUGACUCUGAAUCAGCUGGAAUCCAGUAAUAUCCAGAUUACUUGGAUAGGCUGCAAUGGAUGCACCAUUUAAGUUAUCAGGCAACAGUGUGGUCUUUAAGACGCACCGGCCUUUUAUCAUAGGGGUGUACCCGACCGUUUACAAGGCAACAUCGUGUGGAAAAGUCGCGGGUGUAUCCCAGAACUUGUUGUCGGAGAAAAAACAAAAGAUCGGGAGGUCAUUCAAAACACUGACAGCUCUAUGUCUGUACAUAAGUUUGGUUUAUUCUUCCAUCGCACUAUAAUGGAAAAAUAGCUUGAGCGGUUUGAUAUUAUCUCAAUUUUGAGAGCGUCAGUGGAAGACCAACGUUAUAUCUCUGUUUUGAAAUGAGUAGAAACAGCAUGACCCACUGGUUUGUUAUUGCAUCAUUCGUAUGGGAUUCUUUGCAUGUCACAUAAAGUAGGCGCGUGUCUCUAAAUUGCAGAUGGUGCAUAUUUAAUUAAUUAAGGCCACACCGUGAGCCAUUUGCAUUAUUUCACCAUGACAGCGGGAAAGCACAGUCUUUCCAGAUGUUGUAACAGGCGCACGGUAAUUUCCUCCAGCAAUUGAUGAACUCUUCUUAUUAAAUCAACUGCCAGGAUCAUUUUGAAUAAUACAACAGAUAACUCUGGCCGAGCAAUCAGAUUUUCAAAGACGUCUUUUAGCAGAGCUAACAAUUCCUAUAAACCAUGGGAGGAUGAAAGGCACCACGUGAUCCAUCUUUUCUGAUAUCUUGUAUUUGUUUUUCUUGUGUACAAACACACAUGUAUGUACUGUAUGAGAGCCACGAACUUCUAGCUUUGUUGAUGCAUAAUAAUGUGAUGCAGAUGGUACUGAUAAUGGCUGUGGCCCUUCCCUUAUUUUAAAAACUGUAAAGUUAUGAAUGCUCUUUUGCACAAUAUUUCUUAAAUAAAAUGUAUUUAUUACUAAAAUAUACUUCACAGUGCAGGUUUGUUCAUGUAAGCAAACACAAAAGUCAUUGGAAACUGUUAUAUUGAUGAAUUUUUUGGGGUACAUUUUCCCAUUUGUUGCACCAUCUAGCAUGCAUGAUUAAUUUGUGUCUCUCUUCACAUUCACUGGAGGAAAAACACAUCAUCCCAUGAUGCCAGCAGACACAAGUUGACUAUAUUUAAGGAACAAAGAUGGUGAAAAUGUUCAGGCUAUGUGUUCGCAGUGCAGGUGAUUUGUCUUUGUAUUUGAAGCCAAUAUUUGGGUCCGGCUUACACAAACUUAACGUUCCCUAAAUGUGCAUUAAAACUUGGCGACAACCGAAAACACCAGACUACUCCUGCAUACACAGUGUCUCACCAACAAUGUUCAACUACAAGUCAUUUCAAGUAGGAAUAAAGGAAACAGCAGGAUUCUAAAGAGAUAAUAUACCACUUUUUGUUCUUUAUCAAACAUUUGACUGUUUUGGGUAAUUAUUCAAAAACAGCCUUUUAAUGAACUGAAAUACACCCAGGCAUUGUUUUCCAGUCAUGAUAAAUAACAUGGUUUAGUAAAAAGUAUACAUGUAGACAGCAAGUGUGUCAUGUCUUUCUCUUUAAAUUAUAAUUUUUGUUUAACAUUUGAACACAAUACAAUUUCACCACAAAGGAAAAAGGUAUUAACAGAGCCACAAUCUUAUAAAGAAAACAAACUGGAUAGCAUUUAUAUUUAAAUUAUUAUUUUGUCUGUUACGGAAACCUUUCAAAUCCAGACAAAAGAUAAAUUAAAUUUCUAGUAAAAGUGAGUUCUGUCAUCAAGCAAUAAUAAUAAUUGUGCAUAUUAAAGGACAAUUUGAAUGCUAAAAUAUCCGUUAAGGCUCUUUAAAAUUGUGUUUUCCAUUUAUAAAAUCAAUAAUAAUUGUGCAUAUUUUACUGAUAA